CGUAAUCAUUGGCGUCGAGAACAGCAUUCUCAGGUCGAGUUCUCCCAAGAAGCUAAGCUUUUGCUGAGUAACAUACCAAUUUCAAGAAGAACAUUUUGCGCGUUGGGAGGAAGAAGGAAUUCGUAGGAGCAUAUCGCGUUCCUUAAAUAUGUCAAUGUUGUAUGGCGAGGGAAUGAGCGCAAACGCUAGGCUUCAGGGGGAGAUCUUGGAAUAUAGCAACAACCUCACAUUCUUCGCCUACAAGAUCAGGCAGUUUCGCCCAGCGAUCCCAAAUAGCCAUAUACCGCAGUAUUAUGCCGCACGAUCCUACAGAAUUCGCAAGAGUAGGCAGAUUCAAGCCUACCUCGGACUUCAUGUUUAAUCCGGUUUUCCCCAGGUCUAAUAAAGGAGCCUAAUUUCAGGCGUUGCUGCGUUGAGCGCAGCCCGAUAGAGUAAUGUUGUCAUAGAAC